AUGUGGAUCCAACAAUCCAAGCCAGGGGUAGCUCGCCCUAGCAAUGUGUUGGUGUUGUGUAACACCGGCAACCAUUGGGUGCGCCUUGACUUUGAGGAGGAUUCAAUACCAAUGCCUCCAUUCACCUUCCUGUGGACCCAUUUCCUUGACAAAAUGAGUACUCAAGGGUGGGAGCAGUUGUUCAAGGACGAGCGAGAUCUUUACUUCGCACUUGGGGGUCAUCAUGACUAG